AGGUCCAUUUUAAUGAUCUUUUUGGAAGCUUGGAAGCUUCGCUGAAAAAACACGCUAAAAUUCACUAUUGGACAUAACCCGGAAACUGGAUCCAUUCCGCAAUCUCAGUCCGCGUAGCUUCCAAAAACACCUUUAACUGUUUCUGAAAAACCAGACCCAAACAGGACUCUACAUCUUGUAGAACUGCACACUGAUUCUGGACAUUUGUGCACCAAUUCUCCCCAAGUAAGUGUCCCAGUCCUUUAUUUUAAACGUUACCAAAAUGGCAGCAAAUCAGUCAAGCUCUUGUCUGAACCUAGACUUGUCAAAUGGAGCCAUUGUCCACAGCACGAUAAAUAUUUGUUCAGACCUAGAUACGCAGAGAGGACGAGAGGAUGAAGAGGUAGGAGAGGGAGACGAGGAGGUGGAACUAGCCGAGGAAGUCGGGGAGGAUGUUUUGAUGAUGGCAGAAGCUGAAGGAAAAAGCAGAGAGCAGAGAGAAAGGGAGGAGGCGAGGAUUAUCCAAGUGGCGAUGUUAACCACUGAAGGGUUAGGCAAAAGAGAGGGGGAGCAAGAGGCAAAAGACACAAAGAGUCCCUUUUUGGCGUUGAUAGGCAUUGAGAAAGAUCAAGAAUUAGAGAGCAGCAACAAAAAAGAAAAACAUUUGGAAAAUAAAGAAGCACCGAUAAUGACUUUCACAACAAAAGUAAGAGAGGAUGGAGUUAAUGAGUCAGAAGAAAACCAGGACUCAGGGACGUUUGUAGAAGAACAGGGAGAGGAUAUACAGUUGUCUGCAGAUGACACAGAAGAAACAGAAGUUGCUAAUGUACCCAAGAAAUGUGAUGUGACAGAAAGCUUUGACGAUCCAACAAAUAAAGAUGUGACUAAGGAGAUUAAAGAACAAGUCAAUAAUCAAACGUCAACUGUUGGUGCCAAUGUCAUAUCCUUUGAAACAAUUGGGUCAGAAGAAAACAAGGCACAUGCAAGGCAUGUUCUGGACUCUGGUUUGCUUGAAGAAGAAUUUGACAAGGGUACCCAUUUGUCUAUGGCGGACACAGAAGUUGUUACCAAAUUAAGGAAUUGCAAAGUAACAGACAAGAUUGUCACAUGGCAACAGGAGGACUGCGUAGAGACAAAAGUUGAGGAUGAGGAAAGAACAGAGUUUGCCAAAGACACAAUGUCAGCUUUGGAUAACAUUCUAGCCAUCAGGGAUGAAGAUAAAGAAAGAAAAGAAAAGAAAGAAAGAAAAAAUAUAGGGACAAAAUAUGUUGUGUCCUCUGAAGAACAGUCACAGACAGGAGGAGAGAUUAAGGAAGUAGGGCCCAGCAGGUGGGAGCAAGAGGAAAAGCAAGAGCAACAGGUUGGGGUUAAUACUCUUGCAGGGAUGGAUGGGGGAGGACAGAGCAUGGAAGCGGAUAGAAAGACAGGUGAUAACGUUGUUAGAGAACUAAUGGGAGAGCAGGAAGAGCACAAAGGUGAUCUAAAAAUGCAAGAAGAGAAGAUUGUUCAAGUUGAAAACCCGUGUGCAGCUGAGGUACCUUUAGACACACAGCAAGAUGUGUAUUUGGACCAAGUUGAAGAGGCGUUUGAGCUGGAGGAAGAGGGGUCAUUAGAACUUGAAAAGCCAGAAAAUGAAAUCACUGCAGAGGAAAAUGAAUCUACAACUGAGGAGGAAGGUGAUUUACUAGAACAUCCUUCACAGACUCGAAAAGAAAGCGCGAAAGAUUGGGGGGAAGGUUUGAGGGAACAGACCCUUGUAGAAGAUGAAAAGGGAGGAGGAGAAGAAAAUAGAGAUGUAGAGAUGGUGGAAGAGCCUGUGACUGUUUUAGAUGAUGAGUUUGAUGAGAUAGAGGACGGUCCCAGGACAGAGCUUGACGAACCGGAACCUGCCGGUGUUACAGCGCCUUCAAAAGAUUCCAAAGUCAAGACAAAGGAUCGAGAGUUUCAAGAAGUGCAAGAAGACAACAAAGUCAAGACAAAGGAUCGAGAGUUUCAAGAACUGCAAGAAGACAACAAAGCUAAGACAAAAGAUCGAGAGUGGCAAGAACUUGGAAAGGAGAAGGAUGAGAAACGAAAAGAUGUCAAAAAAGAGAUAGAGUGUGAGAUGAAUGAAAGAGUUAAAGGAUUGAAGCAAGCGAUGGAGAAGGGGAUUUUGUGUCCUGAUCCGCAGCCACUCCAGACAGAAGAAUCAGCAACAGCGAGACUUCUGUCGCUCCGGAGAAAAAAAGAAAGUGACUGGAUUAAAAAAGGGAUUACCGAGGAAGAGAGAUCGCCGGAAAUGAAAUCCUGGAGGAAAGAACUGAAGCCUGUGGUGAAAAAAGACGUCCAAGGUGAAUCAGAGAGGGUGAGAAACAAAUGGUUGAAGAAGGAAACAUCCGCAGAAGAGGAAAGUCUUUCUCCACAGAAGGACAACUGGAUAAAAGAGCUGAAGUCGGUGAUCAAACAGGAAUCCCUGGCGAAGCCGGUGAAGAAGAAGCGAGUGGUGCUGUUGGAGGACGGACAUUCAUACAUCCCGCAGCGGGAGAAUAUGAUGGAGGAGAAGAAAGACGAGUUGAAAGUGAUCUCUCCAAGGAAAGUGGAGAGUCCUUUGCCUCCCGGGUGCAGGAACAGUAAAACACCCCAAGACCAGGACUAUGAGAUCUCACUCUACGUCAAGGCAGGAAGUGAUGGCGAGAGCAUCGGUAACUGUCCCUUCUCUCAGAGACUCUUUAUGAUCCUUUGGCUCAAAGGUGUUAUCUUCAACGUCACCACUGUUGACCUGAAAAGGAAGCCGGCAGACCUGCAGGACCUCGCUCCAGGAACCAACCCUCCAUUUGUGACGUUUAACGGCGAAGUUAAAGUCGAUGUCAACAAGAUCGAGGAGUUCCUGGAGGAAAAGCUGACCCCGCCACGCUACCCCAGACUGGCUGCUAGACACGCUGAAGCUAACACAGCAGGCAUCGACGUGUUCGCCAAGUUCAGCGCUUACAUCAAAAACUCCAGGAAAGACACCAACGAGGCCUUAGAGAAAGCAUUGCUGAAGUCCCUCCAGCGUCUCGAUGACUUCCUGCGGACGCCGCUGUCUGAGGAGAUUAAUGCUGACGCUGCAGGAGAUCUUCCCGACUCGACCAGGAGUUUUCUGGAUGGCUCCGAGCUAACCCUGGCUGACUGUAACCUGCUGCCCAAGCUGCACAUCCUCAAGGUCGUAGCCAAGAAGUACCGUGGCUUUGAGAUCCCGGCGGAGAUGACGGGGCUGUGGCGGUAUUUAAACUGCGCCUAUCAGAGGGAGGAGUUCACCGGCACGUGCCCCGCCGAGAGGGAGAUCCAGGUCGCCUAUCUGGAUGUUGCAAAAAAAAUCAAAUGAGACGUGACGGAAACAAAGCAGACAGGAGAAAACAUGCAGAGAUAAAUCAUGCAUAUGUUUGGGUGCUACAACAAGGAGAUAGAAGACGUAAGGAAAUUCUGAUAAAUAUACAUCAUUAUGCAGGAGGCUACAUGGAGAACGAGCCGUAGAUUCCACCAGGCGUUGACAUUUGGUUUUAUACUUUCUGUAAAAAACAUCUUAAACAAAACAAAAUUCCCAUCAGAUGGUGAACCCCGGUACAAAAUCUUAUUUUAUUUGGGGUAUAAUUGGUGUCAGUUGUGGCCAUGGCGUUUUCCACUCCCAAUUGUAUCAUCACAUUAACAUUU